GUUUUUUUUUGGUCGAAAUGAUGUUGCGGCAAAUACUUGCGUGCGCAUAGCGGUGUACUUUAUCCUGUUUUUAUUUUUUAGAAAGAGGAGAAAACAGUUUCAGUCUGACUUUGUAUACUUUAAAAAUGCUGGAAUGAAGUUGUGCAGAAAUAUUACGAACCUCAGCCAAGCGCUCUCCCAGUUUUAGUGUGAUGUGUACGCCGGGUGCGUGUCAAAUUUUCCUCUUUGCGAUAUCGCAAGUUUCAAAAUGAUUGAUACUGAACACUUCCGGUACAUGUAGAUGAAUCGAUUUCCAAUUUCAAGAUUUUGCAAGCGAGACAUCAAAUGUUAGUCUCACAAUGAGAUAAGGAUGCAGAGGAGUGAGGAAGGUAGAUGUCAACAAUGUCGGGCUCCUCGGACAAUGAAAACACAUCACUGAUGGCAGAUCAUUCCAAGGGCAAGAAGAAGCAGCCAGACUGGAGCAGGUUUGGGCUGAGCCGAGAACCAGUUAAAGGUGACUCCGGUGUAACCAGCUCACCAUCAGAAAUCCAAGAUGGCAGCUAUCAGUCAUUGGAGGAAGGCAAGCACAAUGAACUCUACAGGGAGGAUCAGAGUCUAUCUUCCCAGAAGCCUUGGUACAAAGCAAACUUCUUCAUCUCAGAGCCGGUCCUGUUUGGGACGUGGGACGGUGUCUUCACUUCCUGUCUCAUCAACAUCUUAGGUGUCGUCAUCUUUCUUAGAAUGGGAUGGAUUGUAGGAAAUGCUGGGAUUUUGUUGACAAUCUUGAUGAUUUUCGUCACUGUGUUCAUUGUGCUGAUCGUUGCCCUGAGUGCUAUAGGAGUGUGUGAGAGAUGCAAGAUGGAGGGAGGGGGUGUCUAUUUCCUCGUGUCUCAUGUCCUCGGGGGCAGGAUUGGAGGCUGCAUAGGGAUUCUUUACUGCUUUGCACAAUCAGUAAGCUGCUCACUCUCGGUGAUGGGGUUUGGAGAGUCCAUUAUGCGAUUGAUGGGGGAAGAUAAUCCAUGGAUCGCUAGAGGUGUUGCCAUUGCACUAGUGCUGCUCCUGCUAGGUAUAAACAUAGCGGGGGUGAAGUGGGUGAUCCGGCUGCAGCUGAUCCUGUUGUUUACCUUAUUCUUCUCGGCCAUGGAUCUCGUUGUAGGAUCCUUCGUCCACACAGAUCCAGAUCACGGAGUUGAAGGAUACUCAGAGGUCAACCUUCGCAACAAUUCCAGCCCAGAUUUCCUGGAGGGUGAGAGCUUCUUCAGCAUGAUGGGAUUGUUUUUCUCCACGGUAACAGGUAUCUUAGCAGGGAUCAACAUGAGUGGUGACCUGAGGGACCCCUUCCACAACAUUCCUCAGGGGACUCUCGCUGCCCUAGGAGUAUCCACCCUUCUGUAUGUGUCCUUCACACUAGUUCUUGGUGCCACUUGUGUACGCAACUACCUCAUAGAUGAUGUCAUGAUAGCAGAAAAGGUGUCUAUAGCAGGCUUCCUGUGGUUAGCUGGUCUGUAUAUAUCAUCAAUUUCAUCGUGUAUGGGUAGUUUGUAUGGACCUCCCAGAAUUCUCCAGUCCAUAGCCAAUGAAAAUGUGAUGCCUAUUAUUAGGAUAUUAGGUCAAGGGAGAGGACCUAACAAAGUUCCAAUUUUUGCUUUAAUUCUUAUAACUCUAGUCACGCUUCUUUUCAUCUUUGUGGGUGAUGUGAAUUCCCUAGCUCCAAUUGUCACAACAGCAUUUAUGAUGACCUACGCAGCUAUAGACUAUGCCUAUUUCGCACUUGCCAUGUCGUAUGAUAGACGUCAGGAAAAAGAACUCAAAUAUGGACCAAUCAACAAGAAGAAGCUUUCUUCUGGAGAUAUUGGAAAUGGCUGUGUUGGUUACGGCACAUACUCUGCCCAGACGAGACCGAAGGAUUCCUUUGAGAAGUUGGCCAGUGAUCUGGACAGCUUGUUUCCUGAGAGGAUGACCCAGCGGGGCCAGCACCACCUAGUGAGGCAGAGCACUGGGAACAGUAAUGCCACCACCCCAGAUGCUGACUUUGACGCCACAAAGCAGUACAUACCUGCAGAGAAUACCACUGAUCAGAAUGAUAAGGCCAAUCUUCUACCUGAGAAAAACCUAGCAGAUGAAGAGAAAAAACCUCCAAGUGACGAGAUCAUCAAACAGCCAACGUCCUGGUACUCCUUCCUCUGUAACCGGUGGCUGUCAUUGUUUGGGAGCCUGGGAUGUAUGAUCAUCAUGUUCUCAGUGCAGUGGGCCUAUGCACUGGGGGAACUGACUGCUGUGUUAAUCAUAUACAUUUACAUUGGACAAGCCAGUCCUGGUUAUUUUCCAGGUAUUGCAGAUUUUAACAUGUAUGAAUGGAUUAAAGGAGGCCUAAAACGGUGUUGCAGAGGUGGAGGAAGUGUUCAGGAAGAAAUCAUCGUGGCACCAGCCACACCUGCCAUGAACUUAAUGGCUGCCCAGCUAACUGAUGACAAUGAGGACUUUGCAAACAGGGGACGGUAUCACCAAUCAGAGAUUGUCAGGGGAGAGAACUUUGAUGAUUAUGGCAGUGAUUGAGGUUCUAGUCCUUGGGUCUGCUGUGCCAUAUCAUGGAAGGGGACAUUCUGAUAUUUCCAUCAUCCACUGUUCUUUAAUUAACAGAAUAUUAAAAAUUCAAAAGGCAUUGGCAUCAUUUUAAGAUUUUUCAGCAAGAUACAUAAUUAUGUUGAUGUAUAAAGUUCAGCCUUUUCUUUGAUUAACAUCAGGGUUAUCUAUCCUUUUGUGGGUAAUUUUUUUCUCCUUCUCUUUAUAGACUUAUUCACAGAGCACAUACCAGGUAGUAAAAUAUGAUUUGGACCAAUCAGCAUCCUUGAUUAUACAUGUAUACAUAUAUAUCUCCAUUGUUACCUACAAAAACUUAGCAGUGCACAUGUAUGGUGUUGAGGUGAGAAAACACCUACCAUCAUUUCCAGUGGGGCUUUUAAAAUGUACAUGGUUGUUGUUUUUUUUAAAGUACUACAUGAAAUAAUGCCAAAAAUCUGACAAUACAUGUAGAUAUAGGAGCUUGUCACACAAGAAUUAAUUAUUUUCAUGUGAUGAAUGAAAGGGAUAUGUUUUUAUUUCCACAUUGGUUUAGGAGGACAUUCUGCUUUGAAAAUUGCCAAAUUGAUUAAAACCAACUCCCAUGCUACACAACAUCUUCGCUAGCCAUAAAGAUUUACGAGCCGCUCUGCUACUCUAUAACCCUUGGCUGCGUUAGCAAGAUUUUUGUGUCAACAAUAUUUCCUGCAUAUGAUUGGAUGCAGGCCUCCAUUUAAUCAGAUUUUCAUAGUCUCUAUAUACAACAUGGUGGUGUUUACACUGCGCAAUGAGGCUUUGCCUGUGAAAAAAGUUUAUUGAUUUUAAAUGAUUUCCAUAUAACAUCGUGUAACUCACUGGGUACAGCCAUUUUUAACAACACACAAUUUGUAGUUGAAAAAUGCAUUUUCAUUGGUUGAACAUGAUGUAAUCUAGAGUUUGUUUUCUCCAUCUGCUAAAGGAUGCCACUCAUAGCUACGAAAACCGUGCUAACGCAGCCAUGGGUUGUAGAAAAGCGGAGCGGAUUGUAAACCCUUGGCUAGCAAAGAUGGUUACACAAAUGGUUGUCACAAAAUAUUUUAUUUGCUGGAAUGUAAAACAAUAUUGUAUUUUGUGAUCCCAGGGACAUUUUGUACUAUUUUUAUCUGUUCGUCCCAACUAUGUGGAUAAUUUUCUUGCCACUUAGAUUCAUGGUCAGAUUAUACCUGACAUGAUUGACUUUCUUUUCCAAAUCAGAAAAAUAUUAUUCAUUAUGCUUUUCCUGUAUUAAAAUGGUAUGUUAAUAGAUAUGGAACCUACAUUAUUUUUUCCUUUUAAUUAUUCACAUGUUAUUUUCCCUUUUAAUUACAAAUGCUACUUUAUUUGGAGAUGAGAAUCUGCAUUUGUUCUUGGUUGGGUUUUUUUUUUUUCCAAAGCAAUCGUAGAUACAGUUGUACCAUUUUUGUUAAUGAGCAGAAAUCCAUUAUACAUUUUUAUUUAUUGUUUUGUUAGUUAUGUGAUAUUUUACAAGAUAUCUAUUUUUGUCUGUAUAAUUAUACUUUUGUGUACCGGUAUUAUAUAUGUGUAGUGCUCACAGGUUGUCUGACAGUCUCUUCAGAGCAGUGAUUUCGAUAAUCAGGCUCUCAGUAAAGCUGUACCAUUUUUGAUUAUGAGUUAGCUAUUUAAAGAUUUCAAAUCAUGAGGAUUAUAUUUGAAUUGAAUUAUAUACUAUUAUGAUCAAUCGGGUUGUAUUUUAAGGAAGAAUUUCAUUUCCAUAUUGAUUCAUUGAAUGAUCUCUUUAUACGAAUCUCAUAUAUAUAUAUUUACAGUAUAUUGAACAAAAUAGUUUGUCGUGUGACUGCAUUCCAUUUCUCUGUAUUGCCUAUAAGGAAAAUCUAUGUUUCAUCAUCACAGGGGGUCAUAUUUUUAUAUGCAUAGUAGAUAUUAAUACUUUUGGUUGUGAUCUCAACAAAAUUAGAAAUUCAGAUUUUCUGUUUAGAUACUGGGAAAUGUCUCUUUAUGGUCGUGCCAGUAUUUAUUGUUGCAGUAGUUCAAAAUUAGAUCAACUCUUACAUUAUUCCAUGCACCUGACUAAUUAUAACCUAUUUAUGUUAUUAACAAUUCCUUUUACAGAAUUUUUUUUUUCAAGUUUGAAUUCGCAAUUAUGUUUUCCUUGUAAUUUUUGCAUGUGUAUUGAUGAUAGUGAGUGCAAUUUGAAACCCUCAAAGUUUUCCCCCUCACAUAAAGUUGUAUUACUUGCAAAAUCAUAGAACUUGAAAGAAGUGGUAGAUACUAAAAACUAGCCAUUUAUUGCUAUUUUAUUGAUGUUGUUCGAGAUAUUUUUAAGUCCAGGGCUUGAAGAGAUCUCCAACUGUAAUGUAAAAGGAUGUUAUGGGAAAAUAUUGUCGUAGAUUUUGUGGUGUUUCAAAACUAAAGUGGUUUUAUUAUAUGUUCAUGUUAAAUAUAGUAAAAUAAAAAUGUUAAUUUUACCUUA